CCUCCACCUCCCGAGGAGCCAGUCCAAGACAGUGCGACCAUUACCCGCGGUCCUGUCCGCUACGAAGCACCGCCCCAGCCCAGCCCCGCCCCUCACGACGCUAUGGACGUCGACGACGAUGACGACGACGACGACGACAACAUAGGAAACAUCGAUCUCCCACCCGCUCUCGGCCUCGGCGCGCCAGACGCAGAAGGUGAAGCCCAGCAAUCCCGCACCAACCGACCCGGACAAAAGGGCUUUGCCCAGCGCCUGAUGAGCAAGUACGGUUGGACCGCUGGCAAAGGCCUCGGCGCGUCCUCGUCGGGCAUCAUCAACCCCUUAUCCGUCAAAGUCGAGAAGCGCAAGAGGCGACCGGACGCCGAGGGCGGCGGGUUCGUAGAGCCGGGUGGGCGGGGCAAGAUCGUUGGAGGCAAAACAGCUCCUGCUGGAGCAGCAGACGAUGGGCAAGAGGAUGGCAGCAGCAGCAGCAAGUUCGGCCCCAUGUCGGAGGUUGUCGUGCUGCGGAACAUGCUCGAGGGGAUGGACAACCUCGAGGGCGAGAUCAGCGACGGGCUGGGCCAGGAGAUUGGCGAGGAGUGCGGCGACAAGUACGGGCGCGUCGAGCGGCUGUACAUUGACGUCGGGGGCCGGCAGGUCUUUAUCAAGUUCACCGACGCCGUGUCCGCGCUACGGGCGGUCAACGCGCUCGAGGGCAGGGUCUUUAACGGCAAUGCCAUCGCCGCGCGCUUCUGGGAUGCCGACAAGUUCGAGAAGGGGAUCUAUGGUGGACCAUUGUAGUCAUCCAUCCAUACACACAGGAGCAGCCAGUAGUAAUGUUCGCACUUUUU